UAUUGGCUUACAAUUUUCUUCGUGUAAUCCGCAUUCCAAUACGAUUUAUAGCAAACGCUCGGUGCAUAACUCGGUGGGUCAAAGUUAAAAACGAUUAUUAAGCAAUUAAAGUUAGAAAAAGCCCCAAAGAAAAGAAAUUAAGGAUGGAUUCCUUGGAAUUAGUGUCAUCAAACAAAAUAUUUGGCGGAUUGCAAAAAGUAUACACUCAUGAAUCAGCUGAAUUGAAAUGUAAAAUGAACUUUUCUAUCUAUUUACCACCACAAGCUGAGGGAGGCGAUGUGAAAUUGCCUGUCAUAUUUUAUUUAUCCGGCCUCACCUGCAAUGAACAGAAUUUUAUUACAAAGUCAGGCUUCCAAAGAUAUGCUGCGGAGCAUGGUAUUAUUGUGGUUGGACCAGACACUUCUCCGCGAGGAGUGAAAGUACCUGGUGAUGAUGAAUCAUGGGACUUUGGUGUUUCUGCUGGCUUUUAUGUGGAUGCAACUAAGGAGCCAUGGUCCAAUAACUACAGAAUGGGUAGUUAUUUGAACAAAGAGCUAUAUGAUUUGAUACUAAAAGCUUUCGAUAAUGUAGUUGAUGGAGACAGGAUUGGAAUUAUGGGACAUAGCAUGGGAGGUCAUGGCGCCUUAGUUUCAACUUUACGUAACCCAGGGCUGUAUAAGUCAGUCAGUGCUUUUGCACCCAUCUGCAACCCCACUGCCUGUCCUUGGGGAGUUAAAGCAUUUACUGGAUAUCUCGGAGAUGAUGAGAACAAGUGGAAGGAGUGGGAUGCCACUGAGUUGGUUAAGAAAUAUGAAGGACCACCACUAACUCUGUUUUUGGAUCAGGGCGCAGCGGAUAAGUUUUACAUUGAAAAACAAUUGCUGCCUGAAAACUUAGUGACAGCUUGCAGGUCUGUCGAAGUACCUGUUAUACUGAAUUUACGGGAGGGAUAUGAUCACUCUUACUAUUAUAUAUCCACCUAUAUAGGUGAACAUUUUGAUUUCCAUGCUAAAAUCUUAAAAGCUUAAUUCAUUCAAUUCCUAAUUUUACAAUUUCUUCUGCAUUUUGUAAACAAUAUGGAAUUUCUGUUUUAUUUACUCAAUUUCAGUAACUCAAUGAUGCAUUUCAAAUAAUUUAUAUUUUUGUACAUAUGUUAUUCAAUAAAAGAUUUUUCAUAUAAUGAAA